AUGGGUGUCGAUUAUUACAAGGUUCUUCAAGUGGAUCGAAACGCGAAAGAUGACGAUUUGAAGAAAGCUUAUCGCAAACUCGCCAUGAAAUGGCAUCCCGACAAGAACCCCAACACCAAAAAAGAAGCCGAAGCCAAAUUCAAACAGAUCUCCGAAGCUUACGAUGUAAAAAAAAAAAAAAUUCUCUUACACAACUCGCAACGAAACCCAUUUCGUGUCCCAUUGAAAGUAUUGAGCGAUCCUCAGAAGCGAGCAAUCUACGAUCAAUACGGAGAAGAAGGUCUAAACAGCCAGGCUCCGCCUCCUGGUUCCGGCGGGUUUCCGGGUGGUUCAGACGGAGGAGCUUCGUUCCGGUUCAACGGAAGAAGCGCUGACGACAUCUUCUCGGAGUUCUUUGGCUUCGCGAGACCAUUCGGUGACACACGUGGCGCAGGUCCUUCUGGUGGUGGGUUCAGGUUUGCUGAGGAUGUUUUCUCUUCUUAUAGGUCAGCUGCAGGAGAAGCUUCUAAUGCUCCACCGAGGAAAGCUGCUCCUAUAGAGAGACAGCUUCCUUGUAGUUUGGAGGAUUUGUACAAAGGUAUUACUAAGAAGAUGAAGAUCUCGAGGGAUGUCCUUGAUUCCAGCUGGAGACCCACAACAGUCGAAGAGAUCUUGACGAUAGAGAUCAAACCAGGAUGGAAGAAAGGAACUAAAAUAACCUUCCCUGAGAAAGGAAACGAGCAACGAGGAAUCAUACCAUCUGAUCUUGUAUUCAUAGUUGACGAGAAGCCACACGCCGUGUUCAAGAGAGAUGGCAACGACCUUGUGAUCACGCAAAAGAUCCCUCUCGUGGAAGCUCUCACUGGCUACACUGCUCAAGUCACGACUUUAGAUGGGAGAACACUAACGAUACCUGUCAACAACGUGAUCAGCCCUACCUAUGAAGAGGUUGUGAAAGGUGAAGGCAUGCCUAUCCCUAAAGACCCGUCAAGAAAAGGGAACUUGAGAAUCAAGUUUAAUGUUAAGUUCCCGUCGAGGCUAACGACAGAGCAGAAAACUGGAAUCAAACGGAUGUUUUCGUCUGCUUAGAUAUGAUUUUAACUUAAAACUAUCUGUCUUUCUGCUACGUUUUUAUUUUUCAGUUAUUUUGGUUGCAUCUUUGGGUGGUCGUUGUGAACUGCGUAGGCUCUGUGACGUUGUAAGAUCGUUAGAUAUGUUGUUCUUACUUCACAUUAACUAUGUAUUUUUUUUGUUCUUUACUUAUAACUUAUAAGUUUCUAUUAGAUUGAAUAAAAGAAGUUAGU